AUGGCCCGCACCAAGCAAACCGCCCGUAAGUCCACUGGUGGCAAGGCUCCCCGAAAGCAGCUCGCCUCCAAGGCUGCCCGCAAGUCCGCCCCUUCCACCGGCGGUGUCAAGAAGCCUCACCGAUACAAGCCCGGUACCGUCGCUCUUCGUGAGAUUCGACGAUACCAGAAGUCGACCGAGCUUCUCAUCCGAAAGCUCCCCUUCCAGCGUCUCGUUCGUGAGAUUGCCCAGGACUUCAAGUCCGAUCUUCGAUUCCAGUCGUCGGCUAUCGGUGCUCUCCAGGAGUCCGUCGAGUCCUACCUCGUCUCUCUUUUCGAGGACACCAACUUGUGCGCCAUUCACGCCAAGCGUGUUACUAUCCAAUCGAAGGACAUUCAACUUGCUCGCCGCCUCCGCGGAGAGCGCAACUAG